UUGUGUGCAUGCACAUACUGAAGUUGUGUGCAUGCACACAAAAGCUCAUACCAAUGACAAACUUAGUUGGUCUCUAAGGUGCUAAUGGAAGGAUUUUUUUUAUUUUUUUGUGUGAGUUUGGCGGUUACAACCAGGAAAAGAUUUAAGAAGUCCUCUAGAGAAAAAGAAAUUCUCAAACAGGCAUAGGCAAACUUGGCCCUCCAGAUGUUUUGGGACUACAACUCCCAUCAUCCCUGACCACUGGUCCUGUUAGCUAGGGAUGAUGGAGUUGUAGUCCCAAAACAUCUGGAGGGCCAAGUUUGCCUAUGCCUGUUCUAGAAACUGUGUUACACUGAUGCUGACAAAGUCUCCUUUAAGAUAGGGGUGGCAAACCCCUGGCCCCCCAGAUGUGAAUGGACACUCAUCACCCCUGACUGUUGGCUAUGCUGGCCGGAACUGAUGAGAGUCAAACAACACCUGGAAUGCUGCUCAUUAGCCACCCUUGCAUCGAGGACUAGCAGAUAUAUUGGUUUUGUGCAUCAGAUAUGUGGAAAUGGAAAUGAUAUUACAAGGGAAAAGGCGGGAGGAAGAACUGUUGGGCAACGUUCAAAAGAUAAACAUACAUAUCCUGAAAGCAGAGAUAUGCCUAAAUCAAACAGCUGCAUUUCUCAGGGUGGUCUCAGCAAUAUGCAAAUCUUUGCAGGGUUGUGUUCAAUAGGCACAACAUCAAUGGGAACUUUUACCCCUAAGGUUUCUUCCUAGCUGUGCAAGGUGGGGUUGGUUAAUUUGGUAAGUUCUCCCCCCCCCCAAUGCACUGCCUUACUGACAAGGAUCCCCACUCCAUGCCUGCCUGUUAUUAAGUAAGAAAUGCAUAGUUGCAUGAUACUUACUUAGCAAUGCUUCGUUUGGCACCCAAUCUGCCUGUGUUUCUACUCAGCUCCCUAGUCACCUUACUCCGAGUGAAAAGAGGGCCACUGUGGCUGUGCAAGGCGCCUUGCUUCUUCUCUUUGCAGGAGCUGGAGACACAGUACUCCCCUAGCAGGUGGUCUCCACGGCUGGAGGCGGAUGCUGUGAUUGAGGCUCACGUGCAGGCAAUGAGCGAAGGUACCCGCCGUGCCCAGAUUGGCACCCAGACUCUGCUGAAUGUGCCCUAUGGGUUGGGCGAGGGAGAGAAGCUUGAUGUGUAUCUUCCCAAGAAACACACUGAAACCUUCCCCCUGGUCCUCUAUAUCCAUGGCGGCUACUGGCAAUUCCUGAGCAAAGAUGCUUCAGGCUUUGCUGCAGGGCCCCUAGCGACCCAUGACGUAGCCUUGGCUGCAGUGGGCUACGAUGUGGCUCCCAAAGGCCAGCUGGAGGUGAUGGUCAGGCAGGUCCGACGCAGCGUGGCCUUCGCAGUUCAGCAAUACACAGGGAUCAGCGGUGUUUAUCUGCUUGGACACUCAGCAGGGGCCCACCUGGCAGCCAUGGUGCUCUCUACAGAUUGGACAGAAUUUGGUGUCGUGCCAAACAUCAAAGGAGCCUUUUUGGUGAGUGGCCUCUAUGACUUGGAACCGAUCACGCACACCUAUGUCAAUGAUGUUUUGCGCAUGAGCCGGGAAGUGGCCUUACAGAAUAGCCCUUUGAGGUGUGUGCCUAAGUUGGAGGGCAGGAGAAAUUGCCAGGUACUUGUCACUGUGGCACAACAUGAUUCUCCUGAGUUCCACAGACAGUCCCAGGAGUACUUUGAGGCUUUGCGUGCAGCUGGCUGGAGUGCCUCUUUGCUGGACAUUGGAGACACAGAUCAUUUUGAUGUCAUUGAGAAGCUCUCCCAGGAAGACUAUUUUCUCACACAGGUGAUUCUGAAACUGAUUUCAAGAGGCUGAUAGGUUGACACAAGAUGGAACACUCAGCCUGGAGUUCCCAUCUACAGCCAUGAGUGGCCAUUGAUGACCUUGCAAACCCACCCACCCUAAUCCUCCACUCUCUCUGCUGUGCUGUUUUAUUUCACCCCCUGGGAACGGACUUCCUGCCAAUUGCAAUUUUAUCCAGUUAGAACUUCAGAAGACACAAAUCUAUUGAAACGGAACUUUGAAACAUAUUAUUCCUUGUUGCUUUGGAGGCAAUUGACUCUUUAAGAGAGCACACAGAUCCUUUCGCAUAGACUGCCUGACACAGAGACAGUUCCUGUCCACUCCUGCGAUAAACUGUUCCUCCCAGCGUGCUGAGAACAUUAAAGUAACACCAACGCAUAAAUUACAUCUACAUUAUGGCAGUUAAUCACCUUCCCCCAGGAGAUAGUCUGAAUCUGUGACCACAGGCAAGGCAUAAUUGCUGCAUAAAUCACUGCGUCUCUUUAUUCUGCAAAGGGCCUGAGUUGAAGAUGGGCAUCUUUCACUAACCGCAGUAACUAAACUUUUAUUCAACAUUCUAACUCCAUAUGAAACUGCCUUAUACAGUCAGAGCAGUGGCACUCUGUGCUUGUGCUAUGGAGGCCCAUGUCUCUAUUACCACGGGCUCAAUGCAGUCUUUGAAUCAGGGACCCUGCAAGCAGGAAGUUGCAUAUUCAGAGCAUAGCCAGACUGGAACAGUUCUAAAAGAAAAUUGUGGGAAUCAUGUCAACAACGGCUAUAACAACUGUGCUGCAACAGCCGGUUAGUUAUGCUCUUGCCUUGGAAUGGGCCAAAGUUAAGAAAUACAUCUCAAGACCUUGUGCAAGUAACGUCAGUUGUAAUGAUUAUUGUGCCACGAAUUGGGGAAUGUCAACAGUCGGAGAUCAGAUGAGUGUUUAAUUACUUUCUCUGCCCCUUUGGCAUUCAGGUGUUGAGUGGUGCACAGAGUUAUGAUGACUAAAUCCUAAGAAGAGGCCAAUGGCCAGUCUAGCCCAGCAUCCUGGUUCACACACUCACUAGCCAGGUGCCUGUGGGAAACCCACAAGUGAGACCCAAACAUGAGCACUCUUCCUCCUGCAGUUCAAAAUGCUUUCCUUUCAGCCUGGGCAUGCUCCAAGACUCCUGGAUUCCAGACAGUGAACCAAGCCUGACCUAAUGAAGUAUUUAGCCCAGCUUCUUAUAAUGGCUUUAGGCUAACACAAGCACUUCUGCAAGGCAUUUUCAUAA